UCACUGAUAUGAGAGUUGUUUCCCACUGGUCUUUGAUUUUAAAUGCUUCUGACUGUUUCUUUUGUCCCUCAUAAACUAGCUACUGCAAGCGUACACGUUUCCAGUGCACGUAGUAAUUCAUACCUGCUGACCCCCGAAGGAUAAUCACGCUUCUCCCUAUGCAAGAUUGGGUUUUACAUCUUUCUUUAAAAUGAUUUCCUUCCUUUCAGAGAAGGAAAUGAGCUCUUCGGACAGGCACUUAGUAAAUCCAACUUGAAAACUUGAGGAGCAGGAGAUGCUGAUACUAGCCAAGUUCAGAAUUGCUUCUAAUGACAUCUGAAAUUCGAACUCAAGUCACUUAACAAAUAACUGCUUGAAAUAACAGACCACUUAAAAUAGCCAAGGCUCAAACUUACAAAUCCACCUGUGGCUAAAAGAAGUUUAGUGUUACUAAAGAAUAAUGUCGUUCAGAGGAAGAAUAUCCCCUUUAACCGCCUGACUACUUGUAUCUGGAAUUCAUUGCUUAUGAAGGACCCACUUCCCUGAGGACCGGCCUGAGGAAAAUCUGAAUGUGGAAGAGCUACAGGGUGGUUUUGGUUCCUUCCGGAAGGAUGACUGAAACUUCUCUUUGUUCCGUGUUUGUGCCAUUAUGCUUCUGCCUGGAUUGUUAAGGCUGCUUCUGUCGGCAGCUCCUAAUGAGUCUGUCUGUAGCGGCUUCGCUGAGAAGCGUGAAUACAUCCAAAGGGGAGGAUUAAGUCAUAACUGAUGCUUUCUGUGGCAGACAGCAGCAUCUGCAAACACUGCAUCAAAAUGAGAAUAAAACUGAUGUAAGAAGUCUCUUUAGCAAUGGAGUACGUGAUUUUUAAAUGCAAUCUAACUGUAUCAUAGGCAUUGGAUUCCCUUAACCUUUGGUCAGUUUUUCAUAUACCGAAGCUAUUCCGUAGGUAUUUUUCCGAGUUGCCUCAUAUCUUUGUGUUCAGUCCAGGAACAAGGGUAUUGAUGAAAUGCCAAAUUCUUUGGAGGCCCUUAACUCUUUCUGGUUUAUGUUGCAGUGGAAGAUUGAUGACAAGCCAGUAAAAAUUGACAAAUGGGAUGGCUCAGCUGUGAAAAACUCUUUGGAUGAUUCUGCCAAAAAGGUUCUCCUGGAGAAGUACAAGUAUGUGGAAAAUUUCCGUUUGAUUGAUGGCCGUCUCAUCAUCUGCACAAUCUCUUGUCUCUUUGCAAUUGUAGCUUUGAUUUGGGAUUACCUGCACCCCUUUCCUGAAUCCAAACCUGUUCUUGCCUUUUGUGUUGUAUCGUAUUUUGUGAUGAUGGGAAUCCUGACCAUUUAUACCUCAUACAAAGAAAAGAGCAUUUUUCUCGUGGCUCACAGAAAAGAUCCCGCGGGGAUGGACCCGGAUGACGUCUGGCAGUUGUCCUCCAGUCUCAAACGGUUCGAUGACAAAUACACCUUGAAGCUAACUUUCAUCAGCGGAAAAACCAAACAGCAGAGGGAGGCCGAGUUCACCAAAUCCAUUGCUAAAUUCUUUGAUAACAAUGGAACGUUAGUCAUGGAGGCCUAUGAACCAGAGGUCUCCAAGCUGCAUGAUAGUUUGGCCCUGGAGAGGAAAACGAAAUGAUUUCGGACAUGACUUUCAUCCUGGGAUCAUGCUAAAUUAAUGCCAAUAAAGUAAAAUAGCAAAGAAA